AUCAGAAAUCGUCCUACAUUUCUAGCAUUUUCCUCUUUCGCAGGUCAAACAGAAAGCUUACGAAACUUCAGCAAAUACACAGAGAAAUUUCGUUUCAAGUCAGAUUUUACUUCAAUCGUCAAUCAAAUAUGCCUAGACGUGGAAGAUCAGGUGGAAUGGGCAUGAGCCGUCCAGCACCGGCCCCAGCAAGACCAGCCCCAGCACCAGCCUCAAGACUUCCAGCUCGUGCUGCACCAAGUCAGCCACCUGUACCAGCAGGUGCCCAACCAAAACAGCCUGGUUUGAUGGCACAGAUGGCAGCUACUGCUGGAGGUGUUGCCAUUGGAUCUGCUGUGGGUCACACUAUUGGACAUGCAAUGACUGGCGGUGGAUCACAGCAGGCACCAGUUGAGCAAUAUCAGGCUCCUGCUGGCCAACAACAACAACAAUAUAGCAGCCCUUGCCAAUAUGAACUUGAUCAGUUUCUUGAAUGUUCUAAAAACCAAUCAGACUUAUCUAUGUGUUAUGGAUUUAAUGAAGCUCUGAAGGAGUGCAAAGUUCGAUUUGGUCAAGCAUGAGAUGGGAGUUGUUCCAAAAUAUUUAUGACUGUUACAUAGGCAGUGAUUUCAUCAGAAUAGGUGCAUUUGAAAUCAACAACAAAAGAUAAAACAAAUAUGUUUGUUUUUCGAACAUUUUCCUAUUUGGACAUUGCCAUUCUGUUGACUUGUCAUGCAUUUCAUUAAGUAAAAACACCUUUCUUUGUGCUGUUUGGAUUAGUUUUUUUCUUUUAAUGUUAUAAAUGCUAUUUCUUUUCUGGGAUUAAUUUGAACAUUAAUAAAUAACAUAGCUUAGAUAGUUUACUUGUAACUGAAGACAUUUGUUUAAUUGUUAAAUUACUUAAUUUUUAAAAGAGAGAGUUAUUUAUGAGUUGUACAGAUGAAAAUAAAAUGGAUUUUUAUCAUUAUA